ACUUACACAGUGAUUGAAAAACACUCAUGAUUAAAAUAUUUACAGGAAAGUUAAGGUACGAACAGCCCUCAGGUUGAAUCUUGAAAAAAAAAAUAAAGAUUAGAUGACAUUGCUAUGGAAAUAUGUGAAGAUGACCAAAGGCAUGUUGUACUUGAACAUGUUUAGUCACAUAGAAAACCUGUUUUACAUCUGAGCUGUUAUCAGGUUGUGCCCCGCUCUUCCCUAUCUGGGUUGGUGGGUGAUCCAUGGGGCAGGUGGAAGAGACAUUCAGAACAGUGGAGUACAGUUUCAAUGUGUGUGACAGUCUUCAAAAGUCAUAGCCCUUGUCUCUGUCUACCUGAUUUGUCUGGAUCUACAUCACGACAUGGCUCCUUUUAUUCCAUGCCAUGGCUAUAAACAAUCACACAGUACAUUUACAUUUUCACAGAGGGGCUUUUCUGCAAUCCCUGUAGCUUUUUAGAAAUGGACAUUCCAGUGUAAGGGGUUCUACUGGGACUACUAUGUAUGAAUGUAAUACAACAUGUUCAGUUAGGUUUGCUGUUGUUGUUGUUGUUUCCUCUUCUUUCACCUUUGAGACAGUAUUUAUGUACUCUUAUUUAUUGAGGAGGACUACACUGUCAUAUAUGUAACUCGGUGACUGAUCUCCUACCAUUGUAUCCCUCCAUUCUCCGUUAAAUUCGUAUGGGGGAGCCCUCAGAGAAAAUGGUUUUGUUUGACAGAUUUAUCAAUAAAGUAUUUAGACACGGCCAUCUUCAGUUUCUUAUAAAGAAGAAGAAUAUGAGAUCUGGACCGUUUGAUGCCACCGAAAGGCCCCGCCCCUUUUAGUCGUACAAGAACCAAUCCGCGGCCGCCUCGAGUCACCUGAUUUCCAUAACUGCCAUUUUGCGCGCAGCGUCCGGCUCCGUAACUGUGAGGCAGAAACUGGGAGAAAUUCCUCUGUGUACAAAAAAAAAAAUGUCAGCGACGAGAUGUUGAAUUGGCACGGUUAGGACCAGUGUCACUGUGGAGCCGCCAUUCGGAUAAACGCACAGCCCUUUAUCGCGUUUUAAGCAUCUUUGCUAAUUCGCUCCAUGAGGGAGAGCUGAAGGAAUGUGAAAAGGAUGCCGAGUAGUAGCUGCUAGCCUCGUCAGACUUCUGUUCUGCUAGUGGGGAUGUGAAUUCGGCCGUUAUUUUUCUGCUGCUACUGCUUCGCGGGCUUGACAGUAUUCAACCCAGCACGUUCAUUCAGGGCUGGUUUCGUCUUUUAUGUUUUUUUGGAAGUCGAAAUCAUCCAGCUAGCCUUAUUCGAGCAGCAGUUACAUGGUUAACCGGCGACACGGGAGGGUAGCAGCAGUGCCCGUAGUGAUGUGCUAUAGCUCGUAACGUUACGGAGGGUCGGUCCGCUUCAGUAGGCUAACGCGCUCUGGACGCUGCUGUAUUCUUGACAGCGGGCUGUAACGUUAGACACAUCAGCGCAGUCGUUCGCCCUUGAUCGUCUCGUCGCCGGUAGUCCGGUUGAUUCUGAAUGUCAGUGCCUCCUCUCAGUUCGGGUUUCUGUCAGGAUAGGCUGCCGUUCUCCGCACACAGACAAGCGACGUGAGCGGUUCCCCCCCACUCCCUCCAUCCCUGCACCGAGUGCUUUUUUCCUUUUGCUCAGAGACGAUUUUUUUUAUCGUGUGGCAUUAUUAGCUAUGUCGGGACAGUCCAUUACGGACCGGAUCGCCGCGGCUCAGCACAGCAUGACCGGAUCGGCCAUCAGCAAAGCCGUGUGCAAGGCCACGACGCACGAAGUCAGCGCCCCCAAGAAGAAGCACCUCGACUAUCUGAUGCACUGCACCAAUGAGCUGAGCGUGAGUAUACCUCAUUUGGCUGACACGCUGAUUGAAAGGACGGCCAAUCAGAGCUGGGUUGUGGUGUUCAAGACCCUUAUCACCACUCACCAUCUCAUGAUGUACGGCAAUGAGAGGUUCAUCCAGUACCUUGCAUCCAGAAGCACACUCUUUAACUUGAACAAUUUCAUAGAUAAAGGUGCAUUACAAGGUUAUGAUAUGUCCACCUACAUCAGACGAUAUAGCAGAUACCUUAAUGAACGGGCAAUGUCCUACAGACUGGUAGCGGUCGAUUUCACUAAGAUGAAGAGAGGGAUUGAUGGAGUGAUGCGCACCAUGAGCACAGAGAAGCUGAUGAAAACUCUCCCAAUUAUUCAGAACCAGCUGGAUGCCCUCCUGGACUUUGAGGCCAGCUCUAAUGAACUGACCAAUGGUGUGAUCAAUGGUGCCUUCAUGCUGCUCUUCAAGGACUCUAUCCGCAUCUUUGCUGCUUACAAUGAGGGUGUCAUUAACCUUCUAGAGAAAUAUUUUGAUAUGAAGAAGCACCAGUGUAAAGAGGCCCUGGAAAUAUACAAGAGGUUUCUUACCAGGAUGACCAAGCUGUCAGAGUUUCUCAAAGUGGCAGAGCAAGUUGGAAUUGAUCAGGUUGACAUCCCAGAUCUCUCACAGGCCCCAAGCAGUCUCUUACAAGCUCUUGAGCAACACCUGGCCUCUCUGGAAGGCAAGAAAAUCAAAGAGCUCUCCACUGUCAACAGGGAUGAGAAACAGCAGGCUCAGGAGGUGGAGGGUGACAGAUUACAGCCUACAAAGGGAGUACAGCUCAAAGAUAUUGGAAUGCAGACCCCAACAGUGUCUCCCAGCGGACAGUCUGUGGGCAGUGCCAAUAGUACCUGCACCAGCAGCGGUGCCACUGAGCUCCUCUCCACUCCACCCGAUCUACCCAUCACGAAUGGCAGUGUGCACAAUUUCACCAGUGAUCAUUUUGACCUUCAACACAACCUCAACACCCCUGUUCAAACCACCACCCUUCCUGCCAGUAACAGUGGCUGGGGAGGGCCCCUGCUGAAGCCCACUCUUUCUUCACAGGUCCAUGGUCAAGGCACACAACUCCACAAUGGUGGAAAGUUACUGACUAAUGACCUGGACUCCUCUCUGGCCAACCUAGUGGGCAAUUUGCACUUUGGAGGACCCCCGACCAAGAAGCCAGAGAUGCAGUGGACUCACCUGGAGAAGAAAACCACAGGAGGGUCUCACUGGCAGUCUAAAGCCAUGAGUGGCACUGCACCGUGGGGGCACACACACCUGGCCCCGGCUCCCAUCCCUGUGCCACAAAUGAAUGGAAUGAUUUAUACUGGCUAUGCACCAGCUCCGGUAGCAUUUCCAAUGACAACCCCCCAAGUGCCUGUAUAUGGGAUGAUUCCUCCUCCCAUGGGCCAGAUGGGUUCAGUCCCCUUGAUGGCACCCCAGCCUGUGAUGUACAACCAGCCUGUGCUUCGCACCACCAACCCAUUCACUCCUGUCCCUGGAACUCAGAUGCACUUCAUGUAGCGCUGAGGAAAACGCUGGACUGACAGUAGCGCCAGAGGAAAAACAUCAACCAACCCAAAACCAAAUAUGACAAAGCAGACAUGAGAAAUGGUUCAGAGACUGAUAUGUUCAUGUGCCAUUUUCCCCUUAAGCUGUGUGUUUGUAGCAUACCCUGCCCGACUGACAUAACAUAGUCCUGUCAUUUUACAUGUUAUCUUUAAUUUUUAAGUGUCAAAUCUAGUGUUUCUAGAUGGCCCUCUUGGAUGAUGUCACUGGCUGAUGCAAAUGGAAUGACAGUGUAUAGUGAAUUGCGGUGGAAUGAAAAAAUGUCAUGAUGUCAAGCCCCCUGCCCUUUUGCCCCCCGUUCGGAAAAGUGAUUGUUGUAAUCGUGCGCACUUGAAUCAAUGUUUAUAAUGUCUAAACCAAGCCACGGUUUUGUAUGCACAUUGCCUGAAUAGUGUUUUGAACCAACCACUGUCAAUGUUAAUCAUGCCACAGUUGCUGGCUUCCCGAAUUCUUGAGUCUUGGAGAAAUGUGUACAGGUCACUUUUUGUACAUUUGUCUUGUCCCCAAACAUUUUGGACUUCACCUUACAAGUUAAAGCUGUUUCUGCAUACAGUAACUUGUAAUGUUUCAUUCAGGUAUGGUAAAGGUAUGGCUGUAUGGAUUAAAACAAAUACAGCAGUG